AUGGCCCGAGAUGCGUCCGCAUCAUGCAGCGCGGUGGAGCCCUGCGACCGCCGCCCCGGCCUGAGGGCCCUCUUCCGCAGGCACGAGUAUGAGGAGAAGAAUCGCUACUUCAAGAUCGAAUCGCAUCCCACUGCGCCAGCAAACGCAGAAUGGGCAGCUGGGAAUGUCAAGAAGCGGAAAGCCAAGAAGGUCCAGGCCCAGGAGAAGCGCAAGCGGCAGGAGAGACUGAAAGGAUGCAUCAAGCGAUCCAGUCUUCUCGCCCAUCCCCUGGUCGGAGGGAGGCUGUUGCGUGAGUUCGGGGUCGUCGACCCCGAGAUGCCCGUCGAGAGCUGGACCGCUGGCCUGCGACAGAAGGGAGAGGUGUCGUUCUUGCCCGGCCAGGAGCAGGACCCGGGUGCACCCAGCGUAUCGUGUCUCCUCGUCGAGGGAGGCAUUGAUCGUCGGCAGCUCCAAUGCUCCUAUCUACCAACCGACACGGAUGAAAUGAUCAACUUUGGCAUCACGGAGAUGAUGCGCUACUCAGGACUGUCUGCACUACGCUCCGAGGACAUCCAAGGCGACAUAUCCUCCAUCGCGUACCACGAGGCCUCUCACAAGAUGAUAAUCGCAUCAAACAACCUCACUUUGUUGGACCCGACCUCGCCCUCGCAAGGCAGGAUCACCCUCUUCCAGCCCUUACGGCCGGGUGACGACUUCGAAUACGGCAUCCAGCAGUACGGCGGCCGGAGGCCAACUUGGUUGCUGGGCGACACGGCCUCCUACUUGUCCUACAACCUGCAGGGGAGCCACGUAACGAUGCACGCGGUCCGCGCCUGCCCCGCCUCCACCUCGGGCUCCGGCCUUGACGCCCUCAUCGCCACCAGCCAAGGCAUCAUGUCCAUCGGCGGCUCGAGGGCCGGCGGCGAGGUCUCCUGGGUGACCCCCAAGCCUACGGGGACCGCACGUCCCCGCUCGGGCCGUAACCACCACCAAGACGGCAGCGUAGGCGACGUCUUCAGCGUCGACUACCACCCGUCGAAUCCGCGCGUUUGCUACGCCGGCUGCCGCAGUGCCAAGGUCCUCCGCGUCGACAUCCGCGCCCCGAACUCCUCGGGCUCCGGCCUGCAGUCUGCGUUCCGCCACCGGAGCAGCGCCGCGCACCUGCGCUGCCUGGACGACCACCGCGUCCUAGUCGCGGGACCCCGAUCUACCAUGGCUAUCUAUGACACCCGCUGGACGAAGCCGAGCAGGUCCACCGGCGGCGGCGACGGCAGCGGUGGCAACUACCAGCGUCACAACAGCAAGAUCCCGCAGCCGGUCGUCGAAUUCCCCGGGUACAAAAACGAGGUUCGCGUCAAGAUCGGGCUGGACGUGACAAACGACGCGGGCGGCAUCGCGGGCGGUGGCCGCGGCGGAGGGGUCGUGGCCGCGGCGCUGGGUGACGGCACCGUGGCCGUCUUCUCGCUGCGCACGGGGCGGAGGCUGCGGGCCGGGGACGUCGACGACCCGCGGGUGCUGAGGGCCCCCGGCGAAGGAGGGAUUGUCAAGGCGCUGCAGUUCCAUAAGCUGCGGUGGGAGAAGGAGGCGAGCCUCUUCGUGGGCGUGGGCCCCGUGGUGAGGAAGUUUACUUUUGGUGUUGACGACGGCAUGGAUGACUGGUAA